UCUCCGUCUCUGGCGCUCACUUCUUUCAAGUUUCUUCCUCUUCUCUCUCCCUUCUCUCUCUCGAGCCUUGCGUCUCUGUAGAGAGAUUUAUUAUAAUUAAAUAUCAAAAAUAAAGAAAAUAAAAGAAGAAUCGAAUUCGAAUCUUACCUGAAACUAGCAGCAAAAGUUUUUACGCCACCCAAGCUCUCGCCGUUAUCCGCCAAUUUCCAUCACCAUGACGGUGUUCUACGGCAGGCAGGUGGUUCCGGUGGACUACGAGGCUGAGGUCUCGCAGCGGCUGCUUGAAGCUUCUUUGUCUGGCGAUCUACAAUUGGCUCUAGAGUGCAUCGCGGAUAGAUGCGUCGACGUCAACUUUGUUGGUGCCGUUUCUUUGAGAUGUAAAAAGAGUGAAGUCGUUUUGCGUGAUGAAUCGCCGAAUGAAGUUUGUGUCGACUAUGAGGAGUUUAAAACUGACGUUACGGCUUUGUUCGUCGCCGUUCAUGUUGGAAAUUUGGCUCUCGUUAAGAUAUUGCUGGGCGUAGGUGCUGACGUGAACCAGAAACUCUUCAGGGGCUUCGCCACAACAGCAGCAGUGAGGCAGGGCUACCUAGAGAUUUUGAAGAUUUUACUGAAAGCUGGGGCAUCUCAGCCAGCUUGCGAGGAGGCUUUACUUGAAGCGAGCUGUCAUGGGCAGGCAAGACUGGUGGAACUGCUCAUGGGCUCGGAUUUAAUUAGGCCCAAUGUUGCCGUCCAUGCACUUGUCACUGCAUGCUGCAGGGGAUUUCUGGACGUUGUAGAGAUACUCACAAAAUGUGGCGUGGACAUCAAUUCAACUGAUAGAUCGUUGCUUCUGUCAUCAAAGCCUUCUUUGUACACAAAUGCUGACUGCACUGCACUUGUUGCUGCUGUUGUCAGUAGGCAGGUUGCUGUUGUUCGAAUGUUGAUAAAGGAUGGUGCCAGGACAGACCUCAAAGUAAGACUAGGAGCAUGGUCAUGGGACACAAAUACUGGUGAAGAAUUUAAAGUGGGUGCAGGACUAGCUGAGCCCUAUGGCAUUGCCUGGUGUGCGGUUGAGUAUUUUGAAAUUACCGGUACUAUAUUGCGCAUGCUGCUCCAAUAUCAUUCCCCCAAUGCUCCUCACCACGGAAGAACACUCCUCCAUCAUGCGAUUCUCUGUGGUAAUGUUGGAGCAGUUAAUGUGCUCUUGAGCAAUGGUGCCAACGUAGAGUCUCCUGUCAAAACUCGGAAAACUGAGUUCCAACCUAUACACAUGGCUGCUCGUUUAGGCCUAUCAUCAAUCCUUCAAUGUCUAAUAGACUCGGGUUGUGAUAUAAACUCCCAGACAGAUACUGGUGACACAGCUUUGAUGAUAAGUGCAAAAUACAACCAUGGAGAAUGUCUGAGAGUAUUGGCAAUGGCUGGAGUCGAUUUUGGUUUGGUUAAUGUUUCCGGUCAAUCUGCUUGUUCACUUACUGCAAGAAACCGGUGGAGCCUUGGUUUUCAACAAACGGUGCUCGGUGUUAUUAGAGGUGGAAAGAUACCCACAUCAAGUGAUAUUUCUGUGUUUUCUCCUCUAAUCUUUGCGGCUGAAGCUGGUGAUAUAGAGGCCCUAAAAGUGUUGAUCAACCGGGGAGAGAUUUAUCUUGAUUAUCAAGAUGAUAAUGGUUUCUCAGCAGUUAUGUAUACUGCAUUAAAGGGUCAUGUUGAAGCAUUUCGGUUGCUGGUCUAUGCAGGGGCUGAUGUAAAGCUAUGUAAUAAAGCUGGUGAAACUUCAAUCACUUUGUCUAAAUUAAACCAGAACCACGAUCAAUUUGAGAAAGUGAUGCUCGAAUUUGCACUUGAAAAGGGCAACCGCAAUGCAGGAGGGUUCUAUGCAUUACAUUGUGCAGCUCGUCGUGGAGACUUGGACGCUGUCAAAUUGUUGACAAGCAGAGGUUAUGACGUGAAUCUCCCUGAUGGGGAUGGCUACACCCCUCUCAUGUUAGCAGCAAGGGAAGGCCAUAGGUCUAUGUGCGAACUCUUGAUCUCAAGUGGGGCCGAGUGCGAAUAUAAGAACAUAAAAGGCGAAACAGCACUCUCUCUUGCAAGAAUAUAUGCUGGCAUGAAAAGUGAUGUGGAAAAUGUUAUACUAGAUGAACUUGCUCGCAAGCUUGUUUUAGGAGGUUCUCGUGUACUGAAGCACACAAAGAGGGGCAAAGGAAAACCACAUGAGAAGGAGAUAAUAAUGGUUAAAAUGACGGGAGUAUUCCGAUGGGGGAAGUCAAGUCGGAGGAAUGUCAUAUGCAGAGAAGCUGAGGUAGGGCCCAGCCCGUCCUUCAGGAAGAAUAGAAAGAACAAAAUCGAUGCAGAUAUGCCUGGACUUUUCCGGGUAUUGACUUCCAAGAAAAAGGAGUUGCAUUUUGUAUGCAAUGGUGGGGUUGAAAUGGCGGAGCUGUGGGUCAGAGGUAUUAAACUUGUGACAAGAAUGGCUAAUCGCGCUUAAAGAAAGGCUGGUGGCAUGAAUUGUGAUGUCUUGUUUAGAAAGUACAUCCAGGGAGUACUUCAUCUCGAAGUAGUUUUAACUGUGACUUUCAUUGUAAAGGUUUUGAUCUCGGUAGCUGUAAAUCCUUUUUUCACAUCUCAAGUAAAUUCAGUAGCCCCAUUUAACCCAAAAA